CAGACGCCUGGUAAUGGACUAAUCAUGUGAUUCAGGUGUGUUGACCCAGGGUAAGAUCUAAAACCUGCAGCACACCGGCCCUCGAGGCCUGGAGUUGCCCGUCCCUGCUAUAGGACAUGGCUUUACAAGCGUAACUCCAUAGAGUCCUCAGUCAGAUUCAACCGUGCUCAAGAUGGCUAUGGCCAAACUGCUGAACUAAAAGCUUUAAAAACCAGUCAGUGGAGUAGCACUGGUUUAGUCCAUCUUUUGUAUACAGUCUGUUGGAAUGCUAUAAGUGGAAAAAAAAUCCCCCAAUUUUUUGUCUCCAAAUGAAAACUGUGAAAUCUGAUAUUUUACCUCAGGUUUUGUCUUCACUUGAAAGUGCUAAACAUUUAAUUUCUAUGCAGUGAAGUAGCAUUGAUCUAAGGGCUCCAUAAGAUUAUUAUAGUUGCAGGGUUUUUUUAAUGGUAUAUAAAAGAAAUGAUUAUGUGUUUGGGGGUUUUGAAUAAUUAUAUUGCUACUUACUUUGUAUGACCUGAAAACCAAAGUAGAUACUAAAAACUUGAAUGUGCGACACAUUUUGAGCCAGUUUUAGAAACAGUGUUCACUCUGUCGGGCUUACAGAUGUUCUUGCCUUGUCAUAUAACAUGAAUGGCAGUCAUUUUCCUUCAUGUGCUUCUGGGCUUGUGGCAACAAAUGUGUGAAGUGUCUGGCUGGCUUCCUGGCUGUGGGACAUGGCUAUCUAUGGCACGGUGGCAGCUCUAGCGUGCGGGCAGACGCAUGCUGCACUCCCCGAACAUCUGGCCUGCUGCCUCGAGGGCCCGCCUGCGUGAAAUCGAGUUCUCUCCACUCUGUCGAGAGCUGAACUCAGUCAGGCUCGAUGAAAAAUUCAUGAUGAAAGACAGCUGGAUUCUCCUGUGGAGAGUGCUACUGUUGUGGUUACAGUGGAGGAAACCAUUAAAACGGCAGACGUCUGUUUAACCUUUGUUGUCUUUUGUUGUUUUAAAAUGAGGAUAGGAGGAGUGACCUUUGUGCCUUUGCCUAACAUCCAGUGAACUUGCAUAGAUAUUUUUUUAUGACCACCAUGUGAGUCCAUACUGAGAUAGACUGCCAUUGACGCUGAUGAUAAUGGUUCUCUGAGAGUGGAACCAUGAGAGAUAUCCUUGAACUUUUUGAGGGCGGGAUUUGAAAGUUUGACUAAAAUGUCUCACUUCAUUGAUCUCCAUGAAUUCAGACUUUUGUGCUGCUCUGAAGGUGAAGCGAAGGUGAAGUCUGUUAAGUUUUGGAUUUAAAAAAGCAGAACUUGCUUAUAAAGAGAUUUCAUUCCCCAUCUUUGGGAAGGAGUACAUUCAUGACAAACACUGCUGUCUAUAAAUAUCACCUGGCAUGGCUUUAGGCUCCUUAUAAUCUGACAUCCUUUAAGAUCUUAAUGUGACUCAGUGUGAAAGGACAAAUUUAGUUUGGAGCAUUUUUUUUCUCUCUUGAUGGAUUUGAUUAUAAUUUUCCACACUUUGCACUCGUUGCUUUGCUCCUGCCAGUCAGUAGGUGGAGCCUCGGAGCUCGCAUGAGGUGCAACAGCUUUCUUUUUUUUCCAUGCUCAGAGAUCCACGGCUGUAGGACUGGAUGGACUCAGCAUCAGCUGGCAGCUGUCCUCUCUUUGUGUUUCCUCACACGUUUGGGCAAUGCUGCAUGGACCUGGAGGACACCUUUUAAUAUUCAUUUUAAGCUUGCGCGAGAAUCUCCUUUGAAUUUCCUCUGCAGACAAAGAAGAAGUGUCUUUUUUUCUUUUUAAGAAAAAUGGAAAAAGAGAGAAAAUCCUCUCAAGUGUGCGGCGCUCUGGAAGAGACGCAGGUGGAUGAAGCGGCAGAGAAAGCAGCAGAUGAUGUCAUUUCCAUGGCCGACUCCACAAUCACCGUCGAGGAUAUUGAAGGAGAGCUGUUCAGAAUCGAACGAAUACGAGACAUUCUCGUGCGGAGAGAGUCAGAGCUGAGAUACAUGAUGGACGACAUCCAGCUCUGCAAAGAAAUCACAAGGCUGAAGCAGGAGUUGCAGAAGCUUGUCUCAAUUCCAGACAAAGACAAGUCCAAAGAGGACAGGGAGAGAGAAGAGAAGCUGCUGCAGCAGAUCAACAAGCUGGUGGAGACCAGAGACUUCCUUGUGGACGACGUAGAGUUUGAAAGGCUGAGGGAGCGAGAGGAAGACAGAGAGAUGGCAGCCUUCUUACAGUCCAAAUUUCCCAAAGCUUUGGCUGCAAAAGGUGCUUCGCAAGAUCGAAAGGUGGCGUCUAAAUCCCAGCAGACCUCAGGGCCGCUUCUCACUAAAACUGGGCUCACGCUGCUGAAAGACUGCUGCGGCUUCACCUGCUCCGUCAUGUGACUCAGAAAACCCAGAAAGUGGGUUCUGCUCAUCUGGACGUUGAGUUUUCAGUGGGAGAAAUGUUUCGUCACACAUCCCAAGUGACGAGACGUUAAUGCAAAAAGUGACAACAGUUGGUGUAUGUUUGUUAGUGUGUGUGUGUGCGUGUGUGUGUGUGCACAUAAACAGGCUUCCUCAGUGCUUUCUAGUAUCAGCUGUGUCCUUACAGGAAAGAUUAUAUGUUUGCUGCUGUAAUGUGAAUGACAUGUACUGAAAUAGUUUAUCCGACGUGCUGCUGUGAAAUACCGUGUAUUGCAGCAGGAGAGCUUGCCGCCUUAUGAAUCUGCUAAUGAUUCCUGCUCGGUUACAGUACUUAGACUUUAUUGUAGCUGCUCUGACGGUGCCAUUAGCCUUUGAAGAUAUAUUAGAAAGUGGAAAUGUAGAUAUCUCUCUGAGAGCAAACUCUUACCAGUCUCACUUUGGCAUUUGCUGUGGCGGAUUGAUUAAUGUAAUUACAUUGUUAUGACUGUAACUGGGCAUAACUUUUGUUUUUUAGUAAGGAGUCAUGCAGUAUUUGUUUAAAAAGAAGAUUGAAAAGACGAGUUUCACAUGUGAGAUCUGAUUCAUAGUAAACAACUGUGUCCACUGUUUAGUAAGUUUCAUGUAACUCUUAAUGUAGCAUCUUGGAGUGUUGUAAUAAAGAUUUUUAGUGCUCUUC